AAAAAACAAGAAGAAGAAGACGUAAAAUUCACUAAUUUACAGUAAUAAUAACAAAAUCAAUUUUCAUAGCAGGCAGGCAGGGACGGUGACCUGAUCUUGGGUGCGAAGAAGAUGAGGAAGGAAGACACGGUGAAGCUGAUCAGCGCCGAGGGCUUCGAAUUCGUCGUCCACAAAGACGCCGCCAUGGUUUCUCAGACCAUUCGCAACAUGCUCACCUCUCCUGGAAGUUUCGCCGAAACGCAGCACGGUGAGGUCACUUUCCCCGAGAUCAGCACCACGAUCCUCGAGAAGAUUUGCAAGUAUUUCUAUUGGAAUCUUGAAUUCGCCAGCGGGAAAGAGACUGAGUUUCACAUCGAACCUGAAUUGACUCUCGAGUUGAUGAUGGCCGCGAAUUAUCUCCACACUUAGCAUACCAUUCCUUUGUAGCCUCUUGGGCGACAGCAUCCAAUUCCGUCAUUGUAAGGAAUGGUUGAGGACGAGAUUGUGGCUUGAGAAGGCUUUUGACUGUAGGAAAUGUAUUGAGCAUUGGAAUUUACUCCUGGAUUUCAAUGUAGUGUAGUGUAGUGUUCAAGGUUAUAUGUGAUUGCCGCACUUGGAACAGUGUGAGACUUAACAGACUGAUGUGGUCAUAUUCCUGGCCAUUGUCAAGUUCAUGUAAAACUGUUUUUGCAACUAAUCAAAUCAUGCAAAUUUGGAUGACUCUCAAUCAUUUACCAUAUAUAACUUGCUAAUGAAAAAGGAUCAAGUAUCAAGAAUUUUGUAAUAGCAAGCUGUAGCUCAUAGAUGCAGAAUUUGAUUGAUGCGAGAUUGGAGAUAGUUGUAACAGUUGCAAAACUUGUGCUUUUCUGAAAUUGAGAGCUUGUUCCAAAGACUGAAAAUAAAUGCAAAUCUUCAUUGCUUGCAAAA